UGAUGGUUGGCUUCCCCCCUUUUCUAACUGAUGAGUACAGAUAUCUUCCCAGAAACCACACUUCAAACAUCAGCUUCUCAAACCAUGGCAACGGGCUUUGGAGUCUUCCUUGACCACCUCAAGCAAGUGGAUCAGGAUACGGAAUAUAGGAUAUGGGAGCCUUGCGUGAUCAACCAAGACCAACAUCUCAUUUCAACCUCAAGUCAAAAAAUAAAAAAACGACCGGGCAUCAGAAAACAAACCCACUAAUCCGCUCACCCGCGUUAUCCCUUCCAAACGGCAAAUCUCACUUUCUUUCCGUCAUUCGUCGAGCUCGUCGUCCUAAUGUUAUCUCAUGAUCGUGCCAUCGUCAUCCUGGAGGCUCUACUCGCUUUCUGGUUCUUUCAAUUAGCCGGAUCGACUCAGCCGGAAUUAGUUAAACGAGUCUCUGACCCGAUGGCAAUACCUGACCCGCCGCAGAAACCAGUAGUGUGGACGAAUAUUCACUGCGGCGAUGAGUUCGGCUCCUACAGGCCCGCCGACCCUCUGCUUAGGUCAUGUACCGACUAUGGACUGAGGAAGUACUCUUGUGACACAAGCCAAUGUCACAUGGGAACCGCAUACGAUUCUCCUAAAACUGGCCCUCUCAAUCAACUGUUGUAUUUCAGAGGUUGUCACAAGCUCGGUACCAAGGACCAGACGACAUACCUCGUUUACGCUUAUUCAUACCUUGCGCGCAACAAGAAAGGAUUUUUGAUCGCCCUUGGUUUUGCGAUUGGAGACAUGACCGAGACCGUGUACAGUUUCAAAUGUCCUUGGGAUGACAACUCAGCCCGGAACAACAGGAGAGUCUGGUGUGAUAAAUGUUAUCAGUCUCAAGAUUCUCAAAUAAAGAAGCCUCCACGGCCUACUAUAAUUUGAAAACUCACUGCACAGCUUUCUUGAGUUUCCCCACCAUAUCUAGGACAUUUCAUAGGUUAUAUGAGCUACCUCUUUGAUCGGUAUAUUCCCCUUAUCUUUUUGGUUUGAGUCCACCUCAGUUGGACUCGGAGGAUAGUCAUAUCUGUCACAAAGUGCUUUCAUUUCUCAGAAACUGAACACUUAAACAAAACAGCGCAUGAAUGUAUCUUUGAAGAAUAUGGAGCAAAAUCCCCACCUGACCACAAUGAAACAAAUUCCUCAAACAAAUGCAUCAUUUUUGUAGAUAGACACACAUAUAUGUAUACAACCUAGAGAACAUUCAGCUAUCUCUUUUCCCUCUUUUUCCAACUACAAUCUACCUCUUUAUUUAGUUCUCUUCCACAUAUAUCUUGCAAUAGCUGCUUAACAAAAUUCAAGGCUACACACUCCGGUCCCCAGUUUAGGAAGAAAAAAAACUGAAAACAUUUCUGUCCAAAGAUUGCACUGUUUCUGAGAAGUGUCACGUUUGUAAAAAAUAAUGGCUUUGUUAACA